AUGCGUAGUUUGGAGCUUGACUCAGCGGCGGUUCUACAUUACACAGGCAUCCCUCACAGAAUCAUGGCUAAACACUUUAAAGGCGAACUCAUCUACAAUCAGGAAGUGGACGAACACCUCCCAUACCUGACAGUCGGACAGACGUUGGAGUUCGCCGCAGCCAUGCGCACGCCACGGGCUCGUCUCCCACGCAUAACCCGAAAAGACCGGAUCAAGCAUGUCGUGGAAGUCAUGCUGACAGUAUUUGGCCUGUCGCACACUCGCAACACAAUUGUGGGAAAUGAUUAUGUGCGAGGCGUCUCAGGCGGCGAAAGGAAGAGAGUCUCGAUUGCCGAGACUGCUCUCUCUGAAGCUGCUAUAUCCGCAUGGGAUAAUUCUACUCGCGGCCUUGAUGCCGAAUCCGCCCUACAUUUUGUUUGUCGGCUGCGCACCCUCUCUGACCUAACCCAAUCCGCCAACGCGGCGGCGAUUUACCAAUCUUCCCAAGCCAUAGUAGAUCUAUUCGACAAGAUCUUAGUGCUGUACGAAGGGCGGGGAAUCUACUUCGGCCGUGCUGCGUCAGCCUCAGAGUACUUUGAACGGAUGGGCUGGCAACGUCAUGCGAGGCAAACAUCGGGAGACUUCCUGACUGCAAUCACCAACCCAGCGCAGAGAAUAGCGAAGGAAGGGCACGAAAAUCUCGUGCCUAGAACGCCUGAAGAAUUCGAAAAGUAUUGGCAUGGAUCGCCAGAGUAUGCUUCUGUUCUAGAAGAGAUUGAGCAGUAUCAAAAAGAUUUCCACUUAAAUUGGGAGGCGACCCAGAGAGAAUUUGAGUCGAUCCGUCACAAGCUCAAGGCGAAGGGGAUGUUGGGCAGAGCUGCACAGACAGUCUCGUUUCCGAUGCAGACCGCGCUUUGCGCCAAAAGAGCGACCCAGCAGCUUUGGAACGACAAAGCCUCGACCUUCACGACGCUGAUUGGGGAGAUUAUCAUUGCGCUUGUGGUGGGAUCAAUUUUCUACGGCACUCCAGAAACUUCUGACGCCUUCUUUUCCUACGGAUCCGUUCUCUUCUUCUCGGUACUCCUCAACGUCCUGAUGUCCAUCACGGACACCCAUAACCUAUACAAGGGUCGCUCAGUCGUCAGCAAGCAAGCGUCAUAUGCCUUCUACCGGCCGUCAGCAGAUGCGCUUGCUAGCGUCCUCGUUGACAUCCCCGUCAAAUUCGGAGUUGCCAUAUUCUUCAACAUUAUCCUCUACUUCCUAUCCGAGCUUGCGUUGACGGCUUCUCAGUUCUUUAUUUUCUUCCUUUUCGUCUUCGUGACGACCUUGGCGAUGUCUAUGGUGUUCCGCACCAUCGCCGCAGCAACUGUGACCCUCCCCCAGGCCAUGGCAAUUUCUGGCUUCCUCGUUCUUGCACUGAUCACAUACACCGGCUUUGUCCUCCCUGGCCCUUAUAUGCAUCCCUGGUUCAAAUGGAUCUCGUAUAUCAACCCACUCUCUUAUGCCUUCGAGGCAUUGCUUGUUAACCAAGCACAUGGGACCAACUAUCCCUGCUCCAAUUUGGUGCCUCCUUACCCGAACCUAACAGACGACACGUUUAUUUGCCCGGUCCCUGGAUCUGUAGCCGGGGAGACUUACGUGAACGGGGACGCCUGGUUCGAGACGAGCUACGACUAUAGCUACUCCCACUUAUGGCGCAACCUGGGCAUUAUUCUCGGAUUCUUGUUCUUCUUCCUGUUCACAUAUCUGCUGGCCUCUGAACUUAAUGUGAAUUCCUCCACUGGCCCGGAUGUCCUUGUCUUCCUGCGUGGCUGCCUCCCCACCACCAUGGCACAAACCGACUCGAAGCUCAAGGGCAGAGUUGACGCCGAGCGGCCACUGGUGGUCAGCAGCGCACCGCUUGAGGUAGACGUGAACGAAGCGACAUCAAUGCAAGUAGAUCGGGAAACGUUGUCAUGGAGGAAGGUGAGCCUCGACGUCAUGAUUAAGGGCAAUUCGAGGCGGCUACUGGAUAAUGCGUGCGGCUGGGUGAAACCGGGCUCUCUAACCGCCUUGAUGGGGGUGUCGGGGGCGGGGAAAACGACGCUUUUGAACGCUCUAGCCCAGAGAACACCUUCUGGUGUCGUACAAGGCGAGUUUUACGUGGACGGGAAGCCCCUCCCGGCGUCGUUCAAGAGCGACGUUGGUUAUGUCCAGCAGCAGGAUGUGCACCUCGAAACGUCCACUGUACGUGAGGCCCUACGGUUCUCGGCAAUGUUAAGGCAGCCCCUCAACGUACCAAAGAGCGAGAAGCUUGCCUUCGUGGAGGAAAUCAUACAUCUUCUUAACAUGGACGAUUUUGCCGAUGCCGUCGUCGGGUUGCCAGGCAAAGGGCUCAACGUCGAGCAGCGCAAGCGACUCAGUAUUGGAGUCGAGCUUGCUGGCAAGCCGUCCCUGCUCCUGUUUCUCGACGAACCUACUUCCGGACUCGAUAGUCAGUCAUCCGAGGCUAUCCUGGCUCUACUCCGGAAGUUGGCGGCCGGGGGGCUGGGCAUCCUGUGCACCAUCCAUCAGCCGAGCGCGAUGCUGUUCCAGCGGUUCGAUCGACUGCUGCUGAUGGCACGGGGCGGGAAGGUCGCAUACUUUGGGGACAUCGGAGAGAACUCGGAGACUGUGCUUCGAUACUUCGGCGACUGUGGACCGAGGAGAUGCGCGGAUGCCGAGAACCCUGCGGAGUAUCUGCUGGAUGUUAUAGGCAAUACGGACACCACGAACCUCGACUGGCCUUGCCUCUGGGGUGGAUCCGCAGAGGCCAAGGAAGUGUCAACUGAACUGGAACGUAUGACAAAGUCUUCCUCCGCGCGAAGACAAGAAAACAGAAGCGAUGUGGUCCAAGCCAGACGGCGCGGCGCCUACUCAGUGCCUCUGCUGUCACAGAUACCGAGCGUCUGUGUUCGUGUCUUCCAGCAAUAUUGGCGAUCACCAACGUACAUCGCGAGCAAAUUCAUGUUGGGAGUUGCAGGCUCAUUAUUUAUUGGCUUCUCCUUCUUCCAGCCCGGUCAAUCCAUCCUGGGCGUCCAGAACGCUACCUUCUCUAUCCUAAUGGUUUGCGCAAUGUUUAGUAGUCUGGUUCAACAGAUCAUGCCAAAAUUCGUCGCUCAGCGAACACUUUACGAAGUCCGUGAGCGACACUCGAACAUGUACUCUUGGGCAGUUUUGAUCCUCGCCAACAUCCUCGCUGAGAUACCAUACCACGUCGUUCUAGGCGUCAUGACCUUUGCAAUCUUCAACUACCCGGUUUUCGGUAUUCGGUCGUCUGAAGACCAAGGACUAGUUUUACUGUUCUUUGUCUAUUUCUACAUCCUUGCCGGGACCUUCGCACACAUGGUGGUUGCGCCCUUGCCUGACGCAACGACAGCCGGCCGGGUGACGACGGUCCUGUUCUCGAUGAUGAUCUUAUUCGCCGGUGUGUUCCAGACCCCGACAGCUCUGCCAGGUUUCUGGAUUUUCAUGUACCGCGUCUCGCCGAUGACGUAUCUGGUUGGCGGUGUCGCUGUCUCAGGGCUUUCAGGGGACCCCAUCGUUUGUUCACAGUCCGAGCUUGCCGUCUUCCAGCCCCCGACCGGUGAAACUUGUGGGACAUACAUGCAGCCAUAUCUUGAGCAAGGUGCUCCGGGAACGCUACUCAACCCGGACGCCACCGCCCACUGCUCUUAUUGUCCUCUACGAUAUGCCGACCAGGUCUUGGCUCGCUCGGGUAUGUACUAUGACGAAAGAUGGAGGGACUGGGGGCUCGGUUUCGCUUACAUAGCCUUUAAUAUCGGCGCUGUGUUUGUGUUAUAUUACUUGUUCAGAUUGAGAGUCUGGGGCAGAGGGAUUAAAAAGAUCGCUGAAAUGAUUCGACAAAAGACUGGACGAAAUGCCGGCGGUUAG